AGAGAUCUGGUUCUGUUCACAGGAAGUGAAACUGUUCUUCAGUCUCUGGCAGCAGCUGAAAUGGCGCAGCAGGAAAUUCUCUCCUGUCCGAUCUGUCUGGAUCCACUGAAGGAUCCGGUGGCUACUGGCUGUGGACACAGCUUCUGUAAGAGCUGUAUUAACACCCACUGGGACAAUGGGGAGGAGAGAGGAAGCUACAGCUGUCCUCAGUGUAGACAGACCUUCACACCGAGGCCUGUCCUGGUGAAAAACACCAUGUUAGCUGAUUUAGUGGAGGAGCUGAAGAAGACUGGACUCCAAGCUGCUCCUGCUGAUCACCGCUAUGCUGGACCUGAAGAUGUGGCCUGUGAUGUCUGCACUGGGAGAAAACUGAAAGCUCUCAAGUCCUGUUUGAAUUGUUUGGCCUCUUAUUGUGAAAAACACCUCCAGCCUCAUCUUCAGUCAGCUGCAUUGAAGAAGCACAAGCUGGUGGAGCCCUCGGAGAAGCUCCAGGAGAACAUCUGCUCUCGUCACGACGAGGUGAUGAAGAUGUUCUGCCGCACUGAUCAGCAGUGUAUCUGUUAUCUCUGCUCUGUGGAUGAACAUAAAGACCACGACACAGUGUCAGCUGCAGCAGAAAGGACUGAGAGGCAGAGAGAGCUCGGGCUGAGGAGACAAACAAUCCAGCAGAGAGUCCAGGACACAGAGAAAGACCUGAAGCUGCUUCAACAGGAGGAGGAGGCCCUCAAUGGCUCUGCUGAUAAAGCAGUGGAGGACAGUGAGGAGAUCUUCACUGAGAUGAUCCGUCUGCUGGAGAAAAGAAGCUCUGAUGUGAAGCAGCAGAUCAGAUCCCAGCAGGAAACUGAAGUGAGUCGAGUCAGAGAGCUUCAGGAGAGACUGGAGCAGGAGAUCACUGAGCUGAAGAGGAAAGACCAGGAACUGAAGCAGCUCUCAGACACAGAGGACCACACCCAGUUUCUACACAACUACCCCUCACUGUCACCACUCAGUGGAUCUACACACUCAUCCAGCUUCAGGAUCCGUCCUCUGAGGAACUUUGAGGACGUGACAGCAGCUGUGUCCCAGGUCAGAGGUCGACUACAGGACAUUCUGAGUGAGACAGAGACAGAGAUUUUACAGAUUGUGUCUCAAGUGGAUGUUUUACUGCCACAACCAGAACCAGAGACCAGAGCUGACUUCUUAACGUAUUCACAGAAAAUCACACUGGAUCCAAACACAGUAAACAAACGUCUGUUAUUAUCUGAGGGAAACAGAAAAGUAACAUGGACGAGUAAAGAUCAGUCUUAUUCUAAUCACCCAGACAGAUUCACUGAUAGGCCUCAGGUCCUGAGUAGAGAGAGUCUGACUGGACGUUGUUACUGGGAGGUGGAGGUGGAGCGUGGGGUGUAUGGAGGAGUUGGUGUAGCAGUCACAUACAAGAACAUCAGCAGAGCAGGAGACUCAGUUCAUUGUGGAUUUGGAUCAAAUGAUAAAUCUUGGUCAUUAUCUUGUUAUGGAAACAGUUAUAACUUUUAUUACAACAGCAUCCAGACCACAGUGUCAGGUCCUGUGUCCUCCAGAGUAGGAGUGUACCUGGAUCACAGUGCAGGUGUUCUGUCCUUCUACAGCGUCUCUGACACCAUGACUCUCCUCCACAGAGUCCAGACCACAUUCACUCAGCCGCUCUGUGCUGGAGUCAUGGUUUAUUGUUAUGGAUCCACAGCUGAGUUCUGUAAACUCAAAUAGACUCGAGUCAUUAAAGCAGUGAUUUAGAUUCUGUGUGUAAAUCUUUAACUUCUCUUGUCUCCAUGUUUGUUGAUCAAAGUUCUUCGUGGUGACGUUUCUGCUCCACACAGAGAUCAGCUGUCAAUCAAACACUGACCUUCCUUCAUCACACAUAUUCAGUUCUCACUUUAUAAAGACAGAAAUCUAUAAUCACACUGACAUGAAUGUGUUUGAAGAACUGAUGUUGUUUUCUAAAUCAAAGCAGAAAUCAGGUUGUGUGAUGUUUUAGAACAUGUGUUGAUCCUGAUGAGUGUUGCAACAGGGCGGAGAAUCCCUGGAAACUUUCUGGAAACUUUCUGAAACUUUCCACAGGAAGUUCAGCUCAUGAAGUUUGGAGAUUUUGACUCUUUUUUUUCAGAAGUUAUCUUGUAACAGGAAACUUAAAGGAAGUUGAGAAGCAGCCGAGCUCAGCUGGAGCCUGGAAGCAGCUGGUUGGGAACAUUGUCGUCCUGAAAAGUAAACCUGUGACUUUGUGUUGUUGUUGAACGUCUUUGUCGUUACCUAGCAUGUUGAUGACUUGUUACACUGAAGCCAUGUUCAUGUUAAUAUCAAGUUCAUCUGUAAACAGUAGGCUAACUUUUUACAGCCGUGAGAGUUCGAUGUAUGUACAGUUGAAAUCAGAAAUAUUAAAACCCCCAAAGAUUUUAAGGAUUCAUCAAUUAAAGUUUUUUCAAAGAGCAAGAUUCUGCUUCA